UUCAUCACUUGACAGAUAUAAAGUACGUAGGUUUCACCACUAGUCAGCAAGACAGAGAGAAGGAGAGAAAGAGAGGAAAUAGACAGCGUUUAAAGAAAGACAAAUUCUUGCCUUGGGGAGACUACAGGACAGUCUCGCACAUAGCUUUAUGAAUGGCAGGCAGCAGUUUUGAGUCCGAGUUCCUACAGGUUCACAAUGCUUACCGCAGCCAGCACGGAGCCCCGCCCCUCACCGUAAACAAAAGCCUGUGCCGCUCCGCACAGGCAUGGGCGGAGCAUCUGCUGUCAAUCAAUACUCUCAAACACAGCAACAAGGACUACGGAGAAAAUCUUUAUUAUGCUUGGAGUUCAGCUACCAAAAAACUCACAGGACGUGAGGCAGUGGAAAGCUGGUACAAUGAAAUUAAAGACUACAGCUUCAGUAAGCCGGGAUUCUCCUCCAAAACAGGUCACUUCACACAGGUGGUUUGGAAGGACACAAAGGAGUUGGGAGUUGGACUGGCUACUGAUGGGAAAACAACUUUUGUAGUGGGUCAGUACCUUCCAGCAGGAAACAUCACAAAUGUGGGUUAUUUUGAAAGAAAUGUCCUACCGGCAGGCUCCAAAGUAGACUCAAAGCCCACUGGUACAACUGACAAAGUGGGACCAAUGCAUGGUGUAUCAAACAGAGUACCCUCAGUUCCUUGCAGUACUGAAAUAUCACCAUCAGGAGGCAGAGGGGAUCUUCAUGUGCCAACCACCUCAAAGGCAGACAGCAGCUUUGAGGCCGAGUUCCUACAGGCUCACAAUGCAUACCGCAAACAUCAUGGAGCCCCGCCCCUCACCAUAAACAAAAAUCUGUGCCGCUCCUCACAGGAGUGGGCCAAACACCUGCUGUCGAUCAGGACCCUCAAGCAUAGUAAUGGAGAUUAUGGAGAAAAUGUAUAUUAUGCUUGGAGCUCAGCUAACAAAAAUCUUACAGGACGUGAGGCAGUGGAAAGCUGGUACAGUGAGAUUAAAGACUACAACUUCAGCAGGCCUGGAUUCUCCUCCAAAACAGGUCACUUCACACAGGUGGUGUGGAAGGACACAAAGGAGUUGGGAGUUGGACUGGCCACUGAUGGGAACACAACUUUUGUGGUGGGUCAGUACCUCCCAGCAGGAAACAUCAGCAAUGCUGGAUAUUUUGAAAGAAAUGUCCUACCGGCAGGUUCCAAAGUAGACUUCAAAUCCACCCCAUCUGCUGACAGAGUUGGACAAGCACUUGGUGCUCUCAGCAUCAAGUCAAACCAAUUGCCGUCAUCAUCUCACAGUUCUGUACCAGCACCAUGUAAGAGUCAGUCUCCACAGAGCAGCAGUUCAGAAGGUGAGAUCCUGUCACAGUUUCGCCAGUCUCUGUUUGAAGCUCAAAAUGAUUACCGACGGCAACACGGGGCACGGCCUCUCUCGCUGUGCCCCGUCCUCAGUAAAGAGGCUCAGGAUUGGGCAGCACAUCUGAUUAGCAUUAACGCCCUGAAGAACAGCGGCAAAGGUCAUGGAGAGACUAUGUCUUACAAAUGGACAUCCAGCAUGGUGCCUCCAACAGGAAAAGAGGUUGCUGAAUCAUGGUACAAGGAAAAUGUAAAGUACAACUUUGCAACCCCUGGCUUUCAGAAUGGAACUGGUAACUUCACCCAGAUGAUCUGGAGGUCUACAGAGCAGGUUGGGGUCGGCCUGGCAUCAGAUGGAAAGGGCAAAUUCAUCACUGUGGCCUUUUACAAACCUUCUGGCAACAUUACCAAUCCUGGCUACUUCCAGGAUAAUGUCAAACCUGCUGGGAAGUGAUUUGCUGAAGAAGAAACGUUAAGAAGGUUUUAUCCAUUUUACCAAUGAACAGAAAUAAUAAUAAUAAUCAUAAUUGAAAAAAAAAAAAUAGAAUGUGGGAAUUUAUCCAAGUUCAUAUGUAACCAGAAAGUCAUCAGAAUUGCAUGUACAAAAACAUCAGUUCACAAUUGUCAGCUGCACCUGACAAAAUGAUUAGUUCACUUUAAAAUGAAAAUUACCCCAAGAUUUACUCACCCUCAAGCCAUCUUAGGUGUAUAUGACUUUCUUCUUUCUGAUGAACACAAUCAGAGUUAAAUUAAUAAAUAUCCUAAUAAAUAUCCAUCCAAGCUUUAUAAUGGCAGUGAACGGGACCAACGAGUUUGAAGCUAGAUAUUUUACUUUAUAAUUUGUUAAAUAUGGAUAUUUUUCUUUUUUACGAACGCAUCGCUUUGCUUCAGAAGGACUUUAUUAACCCCCGUGUGCAGUAUGUUUAUAAUGGAUGGAUGCACUUUCUUGAGCUUCAAACGUGUUGGUCCCCUUCACUGCCAUUAUAAAUCUUGGACAUGUCAGGAUAUUUAUUAAUAUAAGAAAAAAGUCAUGUACACCUAGGAUGGCUUGAGGGUGAGUAAAUCUUGGGGUAAUUUUCAUUUUAAAGUGAACUAAUCCUUUAAUGGUUCUAGUUUAUAUGUAUAUAAUUUCUCAUUCUUUGCUGAGGUGGUAUGCACUCCUUCACUGUAAUAAGAGAUAGUGUUAUUGAAUGAUACAAGAAUUUUUAAAUGGGAAAUUACUUAUAAUGUAUAGAAAGAUGGUAUUAAUCCUACUUUUUUAAAAAUCAUUAAAUGAAUGCAAAUGUUCUGUCCAUGUAGUUAUUUAUCUUAAAUGCUGUCUAUGGUGUGAAUGAUAAUCAUGACCUCUAUACCAGUGACAAAAAUAUUUUUAUAAACAAAAAUGUAAUAUUAUAUAUUUUUAUAUCUUAAACUUCAGCUUUCGUCCAAUAUAUAAUGCUACUGAAAAGAGUCUUUUACCUAUUCUCCAAACACAUUUACAUAAAUUGCAUUCUCAUACACAAAUCAUUUACAUUUUGCAUCUAGAUGUGAGCACUUUUCUUGCACAGCCCCAGAGAGCUUGGGUGGGAAUGCAAAACUGAAUUGUCAAGGUGUCAUGUUGCAUGAACAUCUCAUCACAUUGUGUUGCUGAAGACACGUGAGAUGCUCUUAUCUUCAUUUAUAGAUGCCCUCCUUCAUGAAUAACAUAAAGGUCAAACAUUUGUCUGAUAAACUGAAACCUAUAUACCUUUACUAUGGUUGAGGUUUUGUUUAAAUACAGCACAUGUUGGCCAAAGCGAAAAUAAUAAAACUACCUUAUCAAUAAUAUAAUAAGCCUUUAGGAUAAAAGUAUGAUUUUAAAACUAAUAUAAGAAUAUUGCAAUGCAAAACAGGAGUAUGCAAAAGAGUGUCAAGUGACCAACAUUAUGUAAGGCUGCCAUUGAGGAUUUAUUCAGGUCCAUGCAUUUGUUAAUAAAAUUUGACUUGAAUGUG